UUAUGAAUUACUGUAUAUUUAUCCUGGGCGUUUCAACGUUUCGAGAUUCGUUUAGAAACUCGAAUGAAAAUGACUCGCGAUGAUAUCGAAUGUUACUGCGGUAAUCGAGCAACAAGUAAUCGAAAGGUCAUAAAGAUACGCACAUUGCGUGCGACGUGGAAGCGAGUACCGGGGGGAAAAACGCAGAACAACGCACGCGCAAUUGCGCGCUUAGGCAAUUAAGAUUGCGGGCUGAAAAGUUCGCUCUAAUCUACGCAUUAGCGGCACAUUAUCAUCUUAUUAUUUCUUUAUCCGUCAUCGCCUCGAGCCGGCUCUCAGCGUUUAUCAGCGGCUGAUCCGCGACUCGAUUAAUUAAUUUGCCGGAAUAAUGACGCGAGGACGCAGGGCGGCUUAAUUGGAGGAGCAAAAGCGCUUGCGAAACGCGUCAAUUAUAUAUCAGACGCGUUCGCGCUCCGCGACGAAACGCAUGCUCCGCGCUUCCUCCUCCGACGGAGCGGAUUCGAAAUCGCGCUGGACCGCUCGCCGGUCUUUCCGUCUUUCCGUCAACAGUCUUCAGAUCGAACGAUCUGUCGACUGUUGAGUCGCCUGAUUUUCCGCGCGAUAUUCUAUCGCGCAUGUCACGCGCGCGAUUAGAGAAUCCAAACGGUCUCGACAAACAAACGCACACACACUUGGCAAGCGUCCGAACAGUCGCGUGUCGUUGUUCGCCGCGUCCGAGGGUUAAAAGUCGAUGAUGAAAUUCGCGCCGCCGAUUUCGCUAUGCGCGACCGAGCGAAGCGCACCGCUCGUCGCACAGCCGCGUAUGAGUUUUUCACGCAAUUCGCACCAUUCGUACGCGCUUAUCAUUGCGCUAUCGCGCCGCUUGCGAAUUUUACGCAACGUCGCGCUCUCUCUCUCUCUCUCUCUCUCUCUCUCUCUCUCUCUCUCGCACACUCGCGCGAGCGGUGAUCUCCGCGAUAGCUAGAGCUACGACGAGACAAGAUUGUGGCGAGCCACGCACACAACCGCGAAAUCCAUGUAAAACCGCGGUCAUGGUACACGAUAUCCUUACAUUCAACAGCGCGCUCGCGGAGGUGUGCACUAGAAGGUAGACGCAACGAGCGCACGCACCUCUCGAGUACGCCCGAGGAACAUGAGACCGGUGCAUGUGUACAUAUCGUAUACACACGCACCGUGGAAUGCUCAUGUGGUGGGGGGUACUUGCAUGCCCCGCCUCUCUCUCUCUCUCUCUCUUCAGUCCCUUAUAUUUUUAUAUCAACAUUUAGUGCGGCUCAGGACACCGUUGAGCUUGCAGUUCCUUCCUUCGGUCAUAGUUCUAACUUCCCGUCUCGGCUCGUACCGAUCUUCCGCAUCGAGAUCCCGCGAUCGAGAUCGUCGGCGUGUGAUCGCUGCUUGGAAACUCGACAUUGCAACGAUCGCGGCACGUGGCAAAUGUGACGAUUUCGUAAGUGCGUAAUCGCACGGCGACGUCGUGUGAACCGCAAGAAGAGAAGUGCGAGUGCGCGCGGAGAUAAACGCCGGCUGGAGAUAAUCGCAACGUACCACGGCUAAAGAGAGAUCCAGCAUUCAUCUCCCUCUCUCUUUUUCUUCCCGUAUUUCGCAACGUUCAGUGGCGCUACGUUCGCCGAAUUCUCGAUUCGAUAUCGCCCUGAAAGCCCGUGCUCUUUCGAAGCGCGCGUGACUCCGCGAUAAUCGAAGAUCAGCUCGACUCAUCGGCCGACAUUCAACAACGGGCGAUUCGACCGAAUCGCAAUCCGCACCGAGAGCGCUUGUCGGCUACCAGGCUUCUCCGACUCGACUACGUCGUCCCGUUUGUGUGACGGAGAAAUAACCCCUCGGGAAGAACGAGGGGUGGCCACCGAGAGGAGCAGAGGGGACGGAUUAUUCGUUGGCGGUCGAUCGAACCCGGUUGGAGCUGUUGUAAGAUUUCCGCGAGCGGCUGGGAAGCCAUGCAGUGGUCUUCGCGCCGAAAGUGAAGCGAGACGGGAGAGAGGCGGGAAACGCUCUCGCCGACGGCCGGGCGAAAUCACGUCGAGGCCCUUCGCGGCCUGUUAUCGACCCUUCCUCCUUCCGAUCCAGCCGAUCCAUCCCUCCAUUCGUCACGUUUCGCAACGAAUCGCGAGGCGCGCGCGAUCGCUCCUUCUCGGUCCUUUCCUUCCACGGCUGCGAACAUGGAUCGCAGCGAGAGCACGAACGAGGGUGGCAGCUCGCUCGACACAGUGGUCGCGCGCUCCUCGUCGGAGGAGGAGAAACAGAAGCCCCAGGCCAGCACUUCCGGCGAAUACAUCACCGUCGGCGACAGCAGCUCCAGCUUGGACACUUUGACCAGUGGUAGCGGCGGCCUCGCGACACUCUCCACCGGUGUUAACACGGACGACCGGAAGAGGGGCAAAUUCGACGCGUUCAAGAGCAGCCUCCGAGAGAGUGGUAUAUUCAAGAUCAAGAAGAGACUGCGCCCGAGCGAGACCGACGCGUCCGCCGAGGCGGACCCGGAACAGGAUGACAAAGAGGUAUCUCGGCAGCAGUCGCAGCAGCUCGAGCUAGACGAAAAGAAGGAAACGCCGGCGACAGCCGACGACACGGUCUCGGCCGCGGCUUUGAGGAAGAAGAAGAAGAAGAAGAAGUCGCAGUCGCUGGUGCGCAAACUGAGCUUGAAUAAAUUCCGCCUGUCUUCGGAGCAAGAAUCGCGUCAGAAGCCCCUAGAGGGUAGUGAUAGCAGUCGGUCGAAGAGUCAGUCCUCCCAAGAAUCGCCCGUGCACCCGCACAGCCCGACUAGCAUCGGGAAGAAGGAGGACGACGCCCUGGAGAGGGAAAAGGCAAAAGAGGAGCUUAAGAAAUCGGAAAAGCUGCUGCAGAAACCGGUGAAGACCGUCACCGUAGUGCAACGUAGAUCACCGUCCUUAACCAUCAGGAGCUUCUCAAGAACUGUGCAGUACCAAGAGCCGCAGCAGCAGCAGCAGCAGCAGCAGCAGCAGCAGCAGCAGCAGCAGCAGCAGCAGCAGCAGGACAACGAGCAAAGCCAACAGCAGCAAGAGCAGCAACGUGAUAACGUUCCACCUCGUUCCACCGACGUGCAAUGCAGCUCGACGCUUCCAUACGCGGUGUCGAGAUGGCCGGAACCUAGCGAGACGGAGGGCACGAGCAGAAAGAAGGUGAAGGCAAGAUUCGACUCGGUAGAUUCCUCGGCGGUGUCGAGAUCGUCGUCCAUCGAGGUCCGCCGUAAACUGUCCUUGCUGGAGGAGAAGCGAGCGAUAUUUCAGCGACGGUACUUCGAAUCGACCAAGGACUCACAGUCGGACGAGACCCUCGCCAUCGACGACCUCGUUGUUCCCGUAGACGACGGUAAGCUCAGUACCGCUGACGAGCCGCUCGAACGGCGAGAGGAAGAGAAGAAGAAGGCGCGGCACAUCAGCGUGAGAACCUUCGAUUUGUUCUCCACUUUUGAAAAUUCCACCUUCGACGAGGACGCGGGAUUGGGUUACUCGCGCGGUAUCGAGGAGGAUUACACGGAGAGCUACGACAGAGAGGACGGCAAAUACUCGAGCUUUCACGCCGCGAUGGCGCCAAUGGUAGGGGCUGUGGAGGAUCCUGAGAAGUCGUCGAAUAAUGCGCCGAAUCUCGGAGGAGUAGGCGAGAAACGGGAGCACUUGUAUAAAAUACUGGUAAUCGGCGAGCUCGGGGCGGGGAAAACAUCUAUCAUCAAGCGAUAUGUUCAUCAAUUUUUCUCUCAGCAUUAUCGCGCGACGAUUGGCGUCGACUUUGCGCUCAAAGUGCUAAACUGGGAUCCACACACCAUCAUCAGGCUGCAGUUAUGGGAUAUCGCAGGUCAAGAGAGAUUUGGAAAUAUGACCAGAGUUUAUUACAAGGAAGCCGUAGGUGCCUUCAUAGUCUUUGAUGUGACGAGAAGCGCGACGUUGGACGCGGUGGUGAAGUGGAAACAGGACCUCGAUUCGAAAGUACAGCUACCUGAUGGAUCGCCGAUACCCUGUGUCUUACUGGCCAACAAGUGCGACCAGCACAAGGAAGGUUUAGUCAACUCACCCAACAAGAUGGACGAAUACUGCAAGGAGAAAAACUUUUCCGGUUGGUUCGAGACGUCAGCGAAGGAAAACAUUAAUAUCGAGGAAGCAGCUCGAUUCCUGGUCAAUAAAAUACUUCAAAAUGACCAGCUUCUGAAAGGCAACGGCUCCCAAGACCAGACGGACGGCGAGAGAUUUACAUUGAAUCAAUCACCAACGAGCGCCAAAAAAUCUUGCGCCUGCUGACGAAUAGGCAAAUCGUCGAACUCAGGUUCGAGACUUCGUUUACAAUUUCCCAUUAAUCCUCGCCGUAUCUUCACUUCGAUAGAUACCAUGAGUAUCAUAACGUCUCACGCCUUGCCAUUCUUCGCAAUAGGAAACAUCUGCUGUAACUUGUUCUCGAACGAGGAAGUACUAUUCGAUAAUUUUUUCUCAAAAAUUAUUUGAGCUUGUCAUCAAUUCGGUUACAAUGCCGAAUUUUUUAAAUAGAUUUAUAUAGGUACAGCCCUAAGAUUUCGCAACUUACGGAUAAUAACAUAGUACAUUUUUAAAUAUCCGUGUAAGAAUGAGCCUCGAAGCAAGUAAGUCAACUUUGAACCCUGCAUAUAAGAGCAAUGUUUGAAAUGCGUAAUAACAAUAUUGUCUCAUGAAAAAUGAGAAAAUAUACACACAUACAUAUAUAUAUAUACAUAUAUAUAUAUAUAUACACUUGACUUUAAUGUGGUUUGGACGUCUUUUUUCUCGAUGCAAAUUGACACACAGCUAAUGAUUUAAAGUGAAACUUAAUUUCUGGAAAUUAAUAAAAGAUCCCUCAUUGGACUAUUGGUUGUGUUUUAAGUUACACCUAAGAAAAAAUGUCCAAACUAUAUUGAGAUCAAGUGUUAAUUAAUUUAUUGAUCAGAUUUAAAUGUUAUAAAGACAUAAACUUUUAAUCGAAAAACUUUCCUUCCAUAUUUCAUUCUAACAAAAUAUGUAUAAACUCUAUUUUAAUUUUCAUUUUCUAAUCAAGAAGACGGUAAAAUCUUAACAUGAUACAGGUUCGUAUCUCGCCAUUAAUAACUAUAAUAAUUCACAAUUGCAAUAAUACAACGAAGUAUAUUUUUUGUUAUUUCCAUCUCAAGGUACGUGACGACAUUUCAAAAUUUACAUUUCGGUAAAAUGCUUGGACCAUAUAGUAGUAUAUCCAAACUAUUUAAUUGACUACAGCGAGUGAGAAGUAUUAAGACAACAAAAAUCAUCCCUUUCUUUGUACUGUUAACCUUGUGUUUCGGUAUUACUAUAAUGCUCUCUUAAGAUAAAGGUAUAAAUCGUAUGUUAUUAUUAAUUUUGACUGGACUUUCCAUUUUAUACUUUCGCGACUUUACUUAUAAAUGUUUGCACCGCUAAAUUUCUGCGCGCUGUAUCGUCUCGACAUUUUCAAUUUCUUCUAGAAUAAGGAGAAUACGAAUAAUUUCAAUCAUCGAAUACAUUUUAAUAUGAUUCUGCCAUUCAAUACCGAUCGUAUUAUAUCACUUGUAUAAAUAUGUUUAUAUAUUUUAUAUUACAUAUUAUAGCGGAUGACAUGACAUUUGCAAUUAAAGUCUCGAUCUUUGCAUUUGUCAUGUAAACGUGGCAAACGUCAGCUUUCAAAUUCAAGUAGAUCCAAUUUUUGGUGUGCAUAAUUUCGAGCUUUCUUUAAUUACAAUAUUACACAUACGUAAGUCUAUAGACAUACUAUAAUAACAUGAAUAGAUAUGUAUCGUACCGCCUACUCAGCCCGAAAUCGCGUGAAUUACUAUUUUCUAGGAUUGUAUCCAGUGCCGUUAGUAGCAGGAAUUAAGAAUGUUAUGUGUUAUUGUAGUGAAUACCGUAUUACUAUUUAUUCGGACAGCCCAACCGAUACAUCAUCUGAUCAAAAAUGUAUUAUGUGUAGCAGUAAUAUGCUCCCCACUUAUACCUGAAUUGAUUAUGCAUUUUGUUCUUUAUCUCACCGAUUAAUUCGAGAUGUCGACAACAUUGUGCCUUCGUUCGCACAAUCGCAGCUAAUUACUCGAGGCAGCUGAUUGUAAUUACCGAAUCGUGUUGCGUCCAAUGACCGUUUAGAUAUCACACAAUAUACCAAUUUAUAUGUCUGGUAACAGUGCAAAACUUAAAUUGAAAAUGGAUGACAGAAAUUAAAUUGCGAAUAAGAAAGAAAUAAAUAUAGGUUCAACAAGUGAUAUAUAUAUCGCUUUCCGGUACCGCGGAAUACGAAAAGAUGCAAAUAUGUUAUGUUUUUUGACGUAGAUUUAAAUGCAGAAACAUAUAUAUUCGUAUACGUAUAUACAUAUACGUGUUAAUGAAUAACACAUAUAUUGAGAGCUAUAUAAAAAAGUAUGUAUACAUCAUUGUAAAUAAUUUCGAUUUUACAUGGACUUUUUUCACCUUUCGAGCGAUGUUUGCAUAUUUGCACUUUUAUAUACAUAUAUAGUACGAUUUGUAACGCGGCGUGUGUCGUUAUCGCAAAAAAAAUUGUAGAUACAUUAUUGUUAUCUUAUUUGCAAAAACUUAUAUAAAUAUAGCUCCCAUAUUAUUUAAAAAUCAUAGCAAUACGCCUGUCUACUUUUAACUUUUUUUGUAUAGAUGCAUCGAUAUUUACAACAAUAUUAUAGAUACAACAAUAUUUAACUGUAUUAAAUUUCUUUAUAUCAAA